AUGAAUUCUUAAGGUUUAAAUUUUGAGAUAAGCUCUAAUUUGAUUCCCUGGAGUGAAGGCAUAGAAGAAGUUGAAAUUAAAAAGAAAAAUUUAUUUAAUAAUAUUUUAGUGAAGGAAAAGAUAGAAAUAAACUUAACUCAAGAUAAUAAAAUCAUAUAUUUAAAAGAUGGAGCAAUUUUAAAAAUGUAAAUAUGAAUUAUAAGUUAAAAGAGAGAAUAGAUUAAUAAUAAUUCAAAUCUAGAAAUAUUAUCUUGUUUGGAAUAGAUAAAAUAUCUUUUUUGGUAAGGUUAAAGUGGAUUAGAUGUUGCUUUUUGCUUUUUGGAAUGGUGAAGAAAUGGUAAAAGUUAAAGGGUACUACAUUGAUGUUAUGAAAUAAGGUUAUUGGAUAGAGUUAAUAAAAAAUUACUGGAUGUAUAUAAUGUUAUUUAUAAAUAGAAAAGCUCAGGUUUUGAAAGUUGGAAUAUUAAAUGAUGAUUUAAAAAUAGGUAUGUGGAAUUAUAUUUACAAAAACUAUAAUAUGUAACUUUAUAAUAAAUUUUAGUAAUGGUGGUUAAUACAAUAAUUAAGGAAAGAAAAUUGGGAAAUGGAUUGAAUUGUCAGAAGUAUUUGGAGAUUGCAAUUAAGUGACUUUUAAUUGAG